CCCGCCUUUUUAUCGCUGCUUCUCGGAGGACGCUCAGAGUCGCAGAGAGAGAGAAGAAUGGGGGGCUCCUCUUUUAAUAUUAGACAAGAAGAGAGCGCCUUCUUCUGCCCCUCUACUGGCAUCUACAGCAGCCCAUGGAGAUCAACUCCACCACCAAUCCCACCUCUCUCUCUCCCCGAAUUCCUCCUCUCCUACUCCGCGUCCUCCUCCUCCUCCUCCUCGAAGCCCGCAUUCAUCGAUGCGGCGACCGGCGCCACCCUCACCUACGCCGACCUCCGCGCGCUCGUUGCCGCCGCCGCCCGCUCCCUCGCAGCCCUCGGCGUCCGCCGCGGCGACGUCGUCCUCCUCGUCUCGCCCAACUCGCUCCACAUCCCCGCCCUCGUCCUCGCCGUCUUGUCCCUCGGCGCAGUCCUCUCCACCGCCAACUUCCUCUACACCCGCCGCGAGAUCCAAUCCCAGGUCCAGGAUUGUAACCCCGUUCUCAUCCUCACCACCGCCGAUCUCGCCCCCCAGCUCGACGGCCUCCUCCCCCGCCCGCUAACCCUGAUCGAGCGGUUCCUCGAAUCGCUCUCCGUCGAUCGGACGGUCCCGAUCGAGUUCGCCGGCGUGGGACCGGCCGAUCCGGCGGUGCUAAUGUACUCGUCGGGGACGACGGGGAAGAGCAAGGGGGUGGUGAGCUCGCACGGGAAUCUGGUGGCGAUGGCGAGCGUUCUGCGGCACGUGUGGGGGAGGGAAGAGGUGUACGCGUGCGUGUUGCCGCUGUUCCACAUGUACGGGUUCUCGGUGUUCGUGUGCGGGGCGGUGGCUGCGGGGGCGACCGUGGUGGUGUUCCGGCGGUUCGCGGUGGAGGAGUUGCUGAAGGCGGUGGAAAAGCACCGGGUGACGCGGCUUCCGGCGGUACCGCCGAUGGUGGUGCAGCUGGCGAAGUCGUCCGGCGUGGCAAAGGGUUACGGUCUGGGGUCGCUCAAAGAGGUCGUCUGCUCGGGGGCGCCGCUGGCGAGGAAGCACAUGGAGCGCUUCGCCGACGGCUACCCCGCCAUCAAGCUCGCUCAGUGCUAUGGCUUGACCGAAACGAGCGGUCCAAUAACAGUUUGUGAUGGGCUCGAAGAUAGAUUGCAAAUUUCCAUUGGAAGGUUGAUCCCCACCAUGGAGGCCAAGAUCGUUGACGUGCGUACGGGGAAAGCUCUUCCACCAAACGAACACGGCGAAUUGUAUCUCAGGGGGCCUCCAGUUAUGCAAGGUUAUCUGAACAACCAGGAAGCCACAUCUCUGGCCAUUGAUGGAGAGGGUUGGCUGCACACUGGGGAUAUGUGCUACAUUGACAGGCAGGGGCUUAUCUACGUCGUUGAGAGGAUCAAAGAGUUCAUAAAAUACAAAGCUUACCAGGUAGCCCCAGCAGAGCUUGAAGAGGUUCUCUCCACCCAUCCAGAUAUUCUCGAUGUAGCUGUGACAUCGUAUCCAGAUGAGGAGGCAGGAGAGAUUCCAACGGCAUGCAUAGUUAGAAAGGCAGGGAGCAAAAUCAAAGAAGAUGAUGUCCUUUCUUUCAUGGAGAACAAGGUUGCCCCUUACAAGAAGAUCAGGAAAGUAUUGUUUCUGGAGUCCAUCCCAAGAUCACCUUCAGGAAAGAUCCUCCGGCGGCAUCUAAAGGAUACAGUCAUGCAGCAUCAGAAGAUAGAAAUUUCUUCAAAGCUAUAGAAAGUAUAUAUUCUCCAGUAUCUUCAUUCCUUGGAUUGCCUGGGAUUUGAAGACAGAAUAUUCAGUCUUUAUAGACUGCAA